AUGUCAACAGCCUUGUUACCAAAUGGAAUUUUCACAGAGUUUAGUCUGCAACAUGAGCAUGAAGAUUUUUCUGAUUUGGACACUGAACGCCUUUUAGUCGAUAUCCACCAAAAUGACCGAGUAACAUCAAAGACCAUGCUGAUAAACAUUGGCCAGGAUUCCUGCGUGUCUGGAUCUUCAUUAUCACAAGCUCCAUCACCACAAUCUGCCUUGUCUUACUCGUCUUCAACAUCAUCUUCAUCUCCAGUUCCCUCUCCAUCACCAUCAUCAGAACUUGGCAGCCUGAACAUUUUCUCCCUGACUAGGGCACGUCCUAGUUCCACCUCUUUAAUGAGUGGUCAAAGUAAACAGCUGUACACGACAGAGCUUGAAGUGAUUUGUCGCAUCUGUGGGGACAAAGCAUCCGGGUUCCACUAUGGAGUGCACUCUUGUGAGGGCUGCAAGGGGUUCUUCAGACGGACGUUAAAGAAGAAAUUGACAUAUGAAGCAUGCAAAAACGGCAAACAGUGCAAGUUAGACACAGCGUCUCGGAACAAAUGUCAAGCCUGCCGCUUUCAGAGAUGUCUCAAUGCUGGCAUGUCACCCAAUGCGGUGCGUUUUGGAAGAAUGCCAAAAGUUGAAAGAGAGAAACUUGUUGCCGAUAAAGAAGAACUUUCAAAAAACAGCUGUCAGAGGAUAGUAGAGCUAAGGGCCUUGUCAGAUCAUAUAAAGGCUUCAUUCAGAGAUUUCUUUGGAGAACCAAACCUAAUGACUGACAAGAACAAAAAUGGAAAAGAACUGAAAGUCACAACCAAAUUUGACAACAAAACUGACAUAGUGAACUUGAUGACAUCAGAAGAUUUCCAUAACCAAGGUGUUUUUACCUGCUACCAGAAAAUGAUUGUCCCUCUGAUGCAGGCUUCUGUUAAGUUUGCCAAAAGAAUCCCUGGCUUCACAUGUCUACCUCUAAACGACCAGAUCAGCCUCAUGAAACAGGGCACAUUGGCUGUCUCAGUAAUCAUGAUGCAUGACAUUGCAGAUUGUGACAGUGUAACCCUGCGAGAAUCUCAGGGAGAUAUGUCAAUUCAUCGGUCAGCAGUCCAUUCCUGUACGGAGGCCUCUCUAUUACUAAGCCACCAUCUCCGAGUAGCUGACAGAAUAACAAAACUUCAGUUACAGAGGGGUGAGCUAGCCCUGUUCUGUGCUGUGGUGCUCAUUGCAGAAACUCCAGACAUCGCUGACGUGAAACACUUAGAAAACAUGCAGAUGGACUUACUGCAGGCUCUGCGCAUUGAGUUAAAACAUAAUCAUCCGAAAAACAUCAAAAUUUUUCCAUCGUUGCUUGUACUUAUAUCUGAUUUACGACAAAUUGUGGAGGAGUUCAGUGACAAUUUACGGAAGAAAGUCUUCGAUCUUUCUGACAACUUUUCCAAUGUAUUACCACUUGUUAGAGAAAUUUUUGACCUUCCUGUGUGUUGA